AUGAAGUUCCUCACAUUUUCUCUUUUCCUCGCCUCGACACUCGUUAGCGUCAGCAGUGCUCCCGCCGAUGUUGACAGCAGGGCUGUCGCUUACCAAAACAACUAUGACCAGAACCUUCAGGAGCGCGAGGAGCCCCGUGGCAUCACCGUUCCUCAGUUCGCCGGAGUCGAGACUACCAGCGGCGUAGUCUCCCAGGUCGAGGACGAGGAGGAGGCCGUUCCCCUCCGUGCUCGCCAGCUCCUCAAGAAGAAGAAGGGCAAGAAGGGAAAGAAGGGCAAGAAGGCUAAGAAGGCCAAGAAGGCGAAGAAGGCUAAGAAGGCCGCCAAGGCCAACGCCGGCGCCGCGAAGGCCAAGGGCAAGGCUACUCCCGCCGCCGGUGCUGCUAAGGGCAAGGGCGCCGCUCCCGCCGCUCCCGCUGCCGGCAAGGGUAAGGGCGCUGCCCCGGCCGCCCCGGCUGGUGGUGCUGCUGCUAAGGGCAAGGGCAACAACCCUCCCGCCGCCGCUCCUGCUGGUGGUGCCGCUGGUCAGCCUCCUGCCGCCCCGGCUGCCGCUCCCCCCGCCGCUCCCCCUCCGGCCGGUAACAACGCCGCUGCUAAGCCUGCCGGUGUUGCUCCCGCCGCCGCCGCGCCCGCGCCCGUCGCUCCCGCGCUCCCCGUCGCCAAGCCUAACUAA